CCCCGCCCACCCUCGCCGCCGUGACUUCCCACAUCGCGUCGGCGCACCCGGACGCGCUCACCGACUUCCUGCUGCGCUUCCCGGCAGCAACCACCAGUGCCGGCAGCAGCAGCAGCCCAGCCUCGCGGGGAGCGAUGGCGUCGGCGCUGACCAUCGCAGCAGCGUAUUUCCUCGGCGGCCUAGUCCCGCUGCUGCCGUACCUGUGCGUGCCGUCGCCGUCAUCCUCCUCUGGUAGCGACAGCCAGCAGCAGCAGCAGCAGCAGCAGCAGAACCUCGCGACGGCGCUGCAUGCUAGUAUCGCCGUCAUGGGCGCGGCGCUGUUCGCGUUCGGCUACGCCAAGACGGCCGUUGUAGUCGGGUGGCAGCGCGGCGAGCGCCGCGUGCGCCGGGCCCUGCGCGGCGCCGCCGAGAUGGUCUUCGUGGGCGCGGCGGCGGCGGCGGCGGCCAUGGGCCUGGUCAAGGGGUUUGAUUCUUUGCUUGGGAAUGGGAGUGGAGGGGCGGGGCAUGGGUGAGUUGGGAAAAGAAAGGGGAAGCGGUGGUUUGGUUUGUUUGUUUUGGGUGGGAGU